CUCGCACACAUAGCGGAAGUUGCAUGGUAUGCCAGCGCCAGAAAGUUUUUCGCGAUUCUUUCUUUGCUAGGAUCCCUGUUUCUAGUGUAAUUCUCGUGUUUGUGCGAACAUAGGCUUCUGCAUACUGUCGACACAUCCAAGAUACCGGUAGGUGUGACUUUUUGGGUCUGUAGCGCUAGAAAGUUGCCCCCCUCCCCACCAACACGAUGGCCCUCUCCGAAACUCGAAAACCCGAAGAGCUUACGAGAGAGGAACUGAUCGUCAAAGUAAACCAACUCCAGGAGAUUGUAUCAAGGCUAGAAAGCACCAACAACGCAACAACAGAACAGUCGGUAACACAGAAGAAACAGCGGAAACAGAAACCGCAGAGAAAAUUUGAUUUCACCAAGUACAACACGAGACACGUGGCUCUGAAGAUCGCUUACCUUGGGUGGAGCUAUGACGGGUUUCAGAGUCAGGACACCACUGACAACACCAUCGAGGCACGGCUGUUUGAAGCUCUGACCAAGACAAGGCUGAUAGAGAAGAGACAGACGUCUAACUACCACCGGUGUGGGCGAACGGACAAGGGUGUGUCUGCCUUUGGUCAGGUGAUUUCUCUGGACUUACGGACCAAUCUGACAGAGGGCGCAGGUGUCAUCCCCAGACCUGAAGGAACAGCCAACCACAGAGAGGGAGACAAUACGACAGAAAUCAAAUAUGUUUACAUCCUCAACAAGGUCCUCCCCCCAGACAUAAGGGUCCUCGCCUGGGCACCUGUGGACCCAGACUUCAGUGCCAGGUUCAGCUGUCAGCAGAGGACGUACAAGUACUUCUUCCCUAAAGGAAACCUGGACAUCCAGCGCAUGCAUCUAGCUGCCCAGAAGUUAGUAGGAGAGCACGACUUCAGGAACUUCUGUAAGAUGGACGUUGCUAAUGGAGUGGUCACCUUCAUCAGGAGGAUCAUGUCUACUCGUGUGCAUGUGACAGGUGAGGAGACAGGUGGUUACCAGAUGUGUGAGUUCCAGGUGGUCGGCAACGCAUUCCUGUGGCACCAGGUGCGAUGCAUGGUGGCUGUCUUGUUCCUGAUUGGCCAAGGCCAGGAAGAACCGAGCAUCGUGGACGACCUUCUGGACAUCGACCGCAAUCCCAGGAAGCCUCAGUAUCACAUGGCCUCCGAGCUGCCACUGGUCCUGUACGACAGCACGUUUGACGGUGUGAGCUGGAUCUACGACCACGACACACAUGAACAGACCUUACACCACCUCCAGAAGGUGUGGUGUGGCCACGUCAUCAAGACAAACAUCGUAAAGAGCAUGCUUGACUCUCUAGAGAAAGUGGAAGUACAGAAAGAUGGAGAGGAGGGAGGUGAAGUUGAAGGAGAGAUGGAGGACGAGGGAAGUAGAAGCUGUGUGGAGAUCUUGAAACAGAAUGAGUCGUUGAUUGAAGGUACGAGAACUAAAGUGUACCGGCCACUGCUAGAGAGACCCAUGUGUGAGAGCCUGGAAGACAGAAUUGAACACUACUCAAAGAAGAGGAAACUUGACAAUGAUGAAUCAUCAUGAUGGACAGUUGUCAGAUCACAGUACUAGGCGGGACAAGUAUCCAAGCGCAAAUCUACGCCGACUCAACACGCACCAUAAUCCAACUUUUACAGUCUCAAAACUGACGUAUUCCUCUAACAUUUACCACAGGUUCUGUCUCGAUGCCAUGCACAAAACAAUCUCUGCACCCUUCCCUAGUAUUGUGUAGCACUACUUUGUGCCCGGACUACUUUUGACUACGGGGUUCGCCCAUGAAUACUGUGUUGUGCGGCCUUAAAUGGAUGGCAUCCCU